AUGUCUCCCUUCCCCCUGCUUCCCGGCCCACGUCAUACACAUGAUGCUGCAGAGACCCCCGUCUUGCAAGGUUUGCAAGAUCUGGAGACUGUUCUUGCAUUCCUGGAUUGGUCUCACAUGUAUUACUUCUGUUCAUCAGUGUACUGCACGUGCCAGCCUGGUAUGAUGUCUGGCCGCAGGAAUGCUUCACCGUCUGGCAUGGGCCGCCUGAGCCCGCUCAGGCGCAUGAAGGAACUGCUGAGAAUAGGCAAGACUGUGGCUGACUUGAACGAUAUUCCAGCAACAUCCACAGAUGCACCUCGGAUCAAUCUGCCGCGUGUUGACACUCGCUUAGAUAUGCAUCAGCACAACGGCCUGUUCGAGGCGUCGAUCCCUGACCGACGGGUCGCAUCGAACCCCGAAUCCACCUCCGGCGAUGGCGCCAAUGGUCCUUCUCCCACCCCUGCAAACACCGAAGCGGCCACGGAAUGGUCCUCAGCGGUGGGACACGCAGCCACCGGGAAGUCUGGUCGUGUCAUCCAUAACCUGCAGGAGGAAAUUGCACGCUUGACACGGGAGCUGAGUCUUUAUCGGUCCCGAGCGGAGGAAACGCUCCACAACAAUGAGACGUUGAAGGAACAGAUCCUGAACUUGGGUGAACGACUGAGGAAUUCCGAACAGUCUAAUGAGGCCAAUCUGCACUCCAUUGCUCGGAAAGACCGGAAAAUCGAAGAGCUCCGUGCCGAAGUUCAGAGCGAGAAGACCAGGCGACAAAAAGCCGAGGCGGAGAUGGCCAAGAUUCAGCAGCUGAUGGCGGAGGAGCAAGAUGAGUUCCACCGCAAAUGUGCUGAGUUACAGGAGAUCACGAACCACGCCACCACGCAGUAUGAUGCUCUUGCCAAGGCCGCGCAGAGAGACAAGGCCGACUUGCAGAGGAAGCUCAAGGCUGUCCGUGAUGACCUCAACGCCCUUCGCCGUGAGAUUGAGAAGAAGGACAAGGAGCAAGAACGACUGGAUGCCCUCAUGGAGCGGCAGAACAAGGAACUUGAGGCUGAAAGGGACCGCAUAAACCGUGUCUUCGAAGCCUAUGAAGCGUACAAGACCGAGAACAACCGCGAGCUUAGACAGCUUAUCGAGAAAGGCCACGCAAAUGAAUCCAUCAUCGACAAUGCACUCGCGUCUCUGAAAGAAACUGAAGAUAAGAUGAAAUGGACAAUUCACGUGAAAAAGGAACUCGACUGGGCUGAGUAG